UAGCUCACUUCUCUGACUUUUUACUCUCUCUCUGGUUUAAGUCAAGAAGCAAGAAAAGAGGUCACUGUCUAUUAUGCAUUGCUCUGCUGUCCACUCCAUUCUUUAAUCCUUUGCUACCUUUUUGUUUCCUCUUUGGCUCUUCGCUUUUUUAUAAUUAUAUUUAUCUCCAACUUUGACAAAAAAAAGAAAAGAAAAAGAGCUCACUUUCCUGAAUCUUGAUCCUUUCUUACUUCAAUUUUGAACUCCUUAAUGAAGCAUGUAUCUUCACUUCUUGUAGCUGCUACUGUAACCUCAACCCCAAAAUGCCCUUCAAUUUCAUGCAAAUUCUCUGGGCUGUUGAGCUUGCAUGCUCCAAUCUAACACUACACAGAUUCAGAUUCGCCAUGCUUUGUUAAGUACUUGAGAAUCUGAAGCAUAGUACAAGGCAGCAACUUGCUUAGCUUCUUCACUGUGAAUGUAUCUUGGCCUGUUUUUUAAGCUCUGUGCUGUUCCAUGAAUCCUUGUGCUUCCUCUUUGCUUCCCUUCAGGAAAAUAUGAAGGAUGACAGAGGUUACUUUGAAUUCAAGUGUCAAUAUCUUAUACCAUACAGCCAAAAAAAUCUCCAUGAAGUUCUACUCCUUGCAAGCGCAUCGUUUCCUUUUCAUCAUUGUUAUUCUUUGUCCCCUGGUCAUUGCUGACUUAAGUUCUGACAAGCAAGCUCUUCUUGAUUUUGCUGCUGCUGUCCCUCAUCGCCGUAACCUUAAGUGGAACCCAGCUACCCCAAUCUGUUCAUCUUGGGUAGGCAUCACUUGCAAUCUAAAUGACACUCGUGUUGUUUCUGUGCGGCUCCCGGGAAUUGGACUAGUUGGCACCAUCCCUGCCAAUACACUUGGCAAGAUUGACUCACUCAGAAAUAUCAGCCUCCGCGCCAACUUACUCAGUGGAAGUCUUCCUGCUGAUAUUACCUCUCUUCCUUCUCUACAGUAUCUCUACCUUCAGCAUAAUAACCUUUCUGGCAACAUACCUACCUCAUUGUCGACCCGCCUCAAUGUACUUGAUUUGUCAUACAAUUCCUUCACUGGUGCUAUUCCAAAGACAUUACAAAACUUAACACAACUAAUCAAGUUGAACCUCCAGAACAACUCCCUAUCUGGACUGAUACCAAAUCUCAAUGUAACGAAGCUCAGGCGCUUGAAUUUAAGCUACAACCAUUUGAAUGGUUCUAUCCCUGCUGCUCUUCAAAUUUUUCCAAAUUCUUCCUUUGAGGGUAACUCUCUAUGUGGGUUACCUCUAAAGUCAUGCCCCGUAGUCCCCUCUACACCUCCUCCAUCGUCUACUCCUGCCCCACCAUCAACUCCUGCAAGACAUAGCUCCAAAAGUAAACUGAGUAAGGCAGCUAUCAUUGCAAUUGCGGUUGGUGGGGGUGUGCUAUUGCUUUUAGUAGCUCUCAUCAUUGUUCUUUGCUGUUUCAAGAAAAAAGAUGAUGGAAGCCCCAGAGCAACUAAAGGCAAGGGUCCUAGUGGUGGGAGAAGUGAGAAGCCGAAAGAAGAGUUUGGAAGUGGGGUGCAAGAACCUGAGAAAAACAAGUUGGUUUUCUUUGAGGGAAGUUCUUAUAAUUUUGACCUUGAGGAUUUGCUGAGAGCUUCAGCUGAAGUUCUUGGAAAGGGUAGUUAUGGUACUGCAUAUAAGGCUAUAUUGGAGGAGUCGACAACAGUUGUAGUGAAAAGGUUGAAAGAAGCCGUGGUAGGCAAAAGGGAAUUUGAACAGCAGAUGGAGAUUGUGGGAAGGGUUGGACAUCACCCAAAUGUUGUGCCCCUUCGUGCUUAUUAUUAUUCUAAGGACGAGAAGCUCUUGGUUUAUGACUACAUCCCAAGUGGCAAUCUAUCUACCCUCUUGCAUGGUAACAGGGCAAGUGGUAGAACUCCAUUAGAUUGGAACUCCAGAAUAAAAAUCUCUGUAGGAAUUGCCAGAGGAAUUGCUCACAUACAUUCUGUUGGAGGUCCAAAAUUUGCGCACGGAAAUGUUAAAUCCUCGAAUGUCCUCCUCAACCAAGAUAAUGAUGGCUGCAUUUCUGACUUUGGCCUGACCCCGCUUAUGAAUGUUCCUUCCACCCCUUCUAGAGCUGCAGGAUAUCGUGCUCCUGAAGUGAUUGAAACGCGUAAGCACACUCACAAGUCAGACGUGUACAGUUUUGGUGUCCUCCUUCUGGAAAUGCUGACUGGGAAAGCACCACAACAAUCUCCGGGGCGUGAUGAUAUGGUUGAUCUCCCUAGGUGGGUCCAAUCUGUUGUUAGGGAGGAGUGGACGGCUGAGGUUUUUGAUGUGGAGCUAAUGAGAUACCAAAACAUUGAAGAGGAAAUGGUGCAAAUGUUGCAAAUUGCCAUGGCCUGUGUGGCAAAGGUUCCAGAUAUGAGGCCUAGCAUGGAGGAAGUAGUGAGAAUGAUUGAAGAGAUCCGGCUAUCCGACUCGGAAAACCGGCCAUCUUCGGAAGAGAAUAGAUCCAAGGAGGAAUCAACUGCUCAAACUCCAUAAUUAACACUUGCCUUUUUCUUGUGUUCCAAGCAAAUUGAUUUCUUGAACCUUUUUUUUUUUUCAGUUAGCAACAUUCAGUGGUAUAUAAGAGUGCAUGAAACAAUUCUCACAGAUGGAAUUACUUCUGUUAUUUUAUUCCUUGGGAAGGUUUAUUUUCAUUAAUUCUUCUGUAUUAACGUUGUAAUUCAAUUGAUGAUCUUCAUUCAAGAACAAUCUAUCCCCUUUAAUUAUUGUGCUGCUGGUUGUGUUAGCACUUAGCAAUGUGCAUUUCUGAAUCACCAGAUCAGGCAUGGCUGGGUAAUGAUGUGAUAAAUUAUACCCUCUUCUGUCUAUUGAUCUUUCAAUGACAAUGUGAUGAUACGUUAAUGUAUGCUUUAAAA